AUGACAGAAACAACGACAUCAACGACGACGAAUGUACCAAUAAGACGACUAUGUCGAGUUUCAUUAUCUGAUUUAGAUCUCGAGAAUAGGAAAUUCACCAAUAAAGAAGACAUAAAACCUUGGUUAUCCGAUUGUUUGAUACAUAAGAAAGGAAUUGAGAUUGUGAUUGAAAGAUCAGAUACUGGGAAGAUAAUAUUUCGAUGUAAGAAUAAAGAAAAGAAAGCUGCAAUUGUUAGUGAAUCAUCGUCAUCCAAGAGUACUACCAAUGGUAACAAUAAACAACCAAUACGAAGACAGACUACUUGUCCGUUUAAGAUUAGAGCUAAUUAUGGGAUAAGGGAUAAAGUAUGGACUUUGCUGAUUAUAAAUGAUAAUCAUGACCAUCAAGUGAAUUGUGACUCACAAUCGUUAUCAUCAUUAGGAGAUGAAUCUAGGUUGAGAAAUGUAUCGGUCAUGUCAUCGAAUGGGCAACAACAAAAGGAACAACGACGGAUUGAAUCAUCAGCAGCUCUCAAAAAGUCAAAAACAAAAACAAAUAAAGGGAGUAAUAUAGAACCUAAUCUAGAUCAAUCAAGUGCAAGCGAUCAAAAUUCAAGUAAAGGAUCAGAUUUGUUUAAUAGAUUAGUCGAAUCAUCAACAUCAAUAUCCGAUACAACUACCCCAACGGUGAUUACCCCAACAAGAGAGGAGCAAGACUUCUUUGAAGAUAAGAUGCCAGUAUAUCCACUUCCACCACCUACCAAAACUUCCACUCCAAUGAAUAAUAAUUUCUCAACUCCAAUACAACCCCUACCCCAACCCCAACAGAAACGAAAACGAACGAAGAAGACCGCGACCACGGCAGGGGAGCCAGGUGGAGGUGCUGGAAAGAUAAAGAAACCGAAAUUGAUUCCAAAUCCUACUACGACGAAGAGGAAACCGGCGGUCUCGAAGAAGGAUAAACCGAAACCUAAAACAAAGACAGAAUCUACAGUUUCGAAAAAAUCACAGCUGAAACAACAACAACAUCAAAUACAACUCCCCCCGCCUGAUCAAGGAUCGAUGAUAUACAACAAUAACAUGAAUAAUUUAUCUGGAGGAGGAUUACUAACUAGUGGUAGCGAUCUUUUAUUACAAUUGCGUAAUGAAGUGAAUGAGAAAAUAAAUGCAAUUGUUUUGAGUAAUAGUCAAUCUCCGGAAAGGGGAUUUCUUAUGGAUUCAUUUGUUUUGCAGUUGAUUUUGGAUCAUAUGGAUUUCUUGAGUCCGAGGUUUAUAUAUAGGUUAAGACAACGAUUACAGGAGUUUGAUGACAAGGGGAAACUCGGUGUUUCUCAGGAGCAGAAUAUCGAAGAAGGCGAUGAAGUAGAGGAAGAAGAGGAUGAAGUAGUUGGAAAUCAAAGGAUUGCUAGUCAACAGGAAGAUGCUAGUAGGAGGAGGGUAUCAGACGGACUUGCCAUUUCGCAAUUAAGACAACAACAGCAACACCACCAUGAUCAGCACGAGCUUCAUCAUCACCAUCACCAACACCAGCACCAGCACCAGCAACAACAACAACAACAGGAACAACAAGAUCAAGUUGUCCAAGAACAAAAGAAAUCAAUAUUGAAUAGUUGGUUAAAUGGUCCAUCUACCGCAAAUACCCUAAGUGGGAAUCAAAGUGCAAAUCUAAUUCCAUUAUCUCCAUUAUUAAACGAUUCAGAUAAUGAAUAUACAACAGGUGGACCAUUACCUCCCACAAAUAAUGGAAUCAAUAGUUCAACUAUUGAUAAUUUAACUCAUUUACCGGGGAUUAAUUUAUCUAGUAAUGCACAAAGCUUUGGGUCUUAUAUCGUACCGUCGAAUCAAAUCCUGAUCCAGAAUCAAAAUCAACAAUUACCCCCAUUUAAUUCUAUUCAGAAUAAACUAUCCCUAUCUCCAACCACUGGUUCCGGAAACCCGCAAUCCAAUAAUAAUAAUAGUACGAGUCAAUCACAAGCGGCUGCAGUAAAUGCAGCAGCAGCAGUAGCGGCGGCUUCAAAUAUGCUUGGAUCAUCUUCACAUAUCUCCCUAUCCUCAUCCACAUCCCUAAUGCCCCCAUUAAGCAAUUCGAAUACAACCCUAAACCCAUCCCAUCUUUUGAAAAAUAGUUCGAAUAAUAAUAAUAAUAAUAAUAAUAAUAAGGCAAAUCUCAUAUUGGGUAAUUUGGGUGAUAAAUAUUCCGGAACUAAUAAUCUUUUGAAUGAAUUGAAAUUAUCUAGUCAAUUCAGUACGGGUUCCAAUCAACAACAACAACAACAACAACAACCGACUCCACCUUCUCAACUACAGUUGAAUAAUAUUUCAUUCAUGCCGGGGUUUAGUUUGGGUGGACAGGGUGGAUUAUUGGGUUCCAGUGGGUCGAAUCUGACAGGUGGGAUUGGAGGAAGUAGUAGUGGUGGCCUCGGGGGUGGAUUAUUUAGAGAUCUGAAUCUUGGUGGUUCGGGUGGUCUGCAUCUUCUUGGUGGCAUAGGCGGUGGUGGGAGUGGCAGUGGCGGUGGAGGAGGAGGUGGUGGUAGUGGGGUGCUGGGUGGAAGCAAUAAUUUGCCUACUUCUAGUAUAUUGAAUAAUAUGUCGAGUUUUAAUGAUUCUGGAUGGUGA